AUGCGUUUCUCGCGAUCAAUGGCCCUUCUCGGAGCCGUAGCCGGCGUGGUCUCUUCCUACGGGAUCGAACUGCCGGCGGGUGUACCCAGAUCUCUGGAAGAGUUCCGUGACAAGCAUCCCUACACGCCCUCGUCCCAAGGAUGUGGACGCAAGACCUUUACGAUCCGUGCUUCCCAGAACGCCACGGACGAUGUGUCUGAGGAGCUCAAUAAGGGUCUUCAGGAGGCCAAUAAUGGUGGGACCUUGUAUCUACCCAAAAACCAGACGUUUGUGAUCGCAAAAGCCCUCGACUUGACUUUUCUCAAUGACAUUCAUGUUCGGCUGGAGGGCGAGAUCAAGUUCACCGAUGAUGUGAAAUACUGGCAAACAAAUGCGUUCACGCAUCCCUUCCAAAAAUCGAUCAUGUUCUGGAAAUGGGGUGGCAAGGACAUCAAGAUCUACGGUGAUGGAGUCAUCAACGGACAAGGCCAACGCUGGUGGAACGAGUUUAACUCUGGCAUCGGAUCGAUUCUGAACCCCGACAACAAAUACCUCCGGCCCAUCCUUUUCUAUGUGGAAAACACCACGAAUUUGGAAGUUGAGGGCAUCCACAUGAAGGACUCUCCCUGCUGGACCAACUUCGUCGUCGGAUCGAGCAACAUUGAGUACAGAGAUGUCAUUGCCACUGCUAUCACCAACAACGGCAGCAUCAUCCCCAAGAACACUGACUUCUUCGACUCUUUGGAUGUUCAGGAUGUAAAGAUUGAGCGUGUCUGGGUUAACAUUGACGACGACUGCUUUUCCCCGAAGUCCAACAACACCAAUCUUUACGUGAACACCAUGUACUGCAACGGUACCCACGGCCAGUCAAUCGGUUCCUUGGGACAAUACGCAGGGGAAAUGUCAUACGUCAAGGACGUUCACAUUGAGAACGUUUGGAUGUUGAACGGAGAUUACUCUGGUGCCCGCAUCAAGACCUGGGCUGGCCCUAACGUGGGAUACGGUUUCGUCGAUAACAUCACCUACAAGAACUUCUGGGUUGCUCGGAUGGACUACGGAGUCAUUCUUGACUCAUGCUACUUCAACAUCAACGAAACUACCUGCGAGCAAUACCCGUCCGGCAUGAAUGUCUCCAACAUUCUCUUCGAGAAUUUCACCGGCUACACCAGCGGCAUCUACGGCAACGCAGUCGCGAAGCUGACGUGCUCCACGAACCCCAACGCCGUGUGCCACAACAUCAAGUUCAAGAAUUUCAACGUCACGUCGCCUUGUGGUGGGGAACCUGUUAUCAUCUGCGAUGGCGUAGAUGGAGGUAUCGACACUCCCUGUGUGAGCAUCGACAGUGACGAGGCAAAAGCCGCUCUGGCGGCAAGGUGCCAGACUCCUCUAGCUCCGAUUAACGAGAAGCCGUGGUAG